UAUUUCUGUAAUUUCACUUUGAGACUUAUAAAAUCAUGACGAGCACGAAAGAAGAAACCGCGCCUCCAAAAGACGUAUAUCCCAGCCCUCCACCAUCUCCAGGACCAGAAGACUCCCAGACAGAAGAACGGUCGCCCAUACUCGAUCAAGACCCGACUCCGACAGCGGCUAACAACGAAGAAAUCGAGGCUUUGAAGACGCUCCUAAAAAUAGACACAGACAGAUGUCAGUGUCCAAAAGCAACCGGAGACGGGUUUUGUAAUAAACGCAAGGCGGCAAAUGGAUCUGCUGAAGAAGCGAAUGCCAACAUUAACAGGCUGCUUGCUCAACUUGUUAAUAAAUCUUGCUCGGCAGCCGAGCUGGAACAAAUACUAGAGGAUCUGGCCAAACAGAUACACUGCAGCUCCCAUUCUACCUACAAAUUUAUAGAAUCCCGCAUCGACGCUUGGGUACAAGAUAUAUUUAAUGGCAAGGAUGGCAUGUCACAUCAGCUCACCAAGAAGCGCGAGCUUCGAAGAAUUAUAGGCCAAAUUCCCGACCAUUGCACUGGUUAUACGAAAACCACAGCACAAAAUGGAGAUCCAAAGACAUGCCGUCAGACUUUGAGUGGAGAGAAAAAGUUGGAUUGUCUUGAUGCGAUUGAUUGUAUUAUUCUUUGUACCGAAUGGCCAAGCCCGACUAUCUUGUUAAAUGGAUAUCUGGUGAAGCUUGCGCAGAAUCUCUUGUGUCACUAUCAUGACAAACACAUCUCCCGUCAACAAACAGAGUGGCAGAAACUUUUACAAACAUUUGGUAGCAGAUGCGAACUUGCUAUGAGACAAGUAUUGGUCCAGAAUGGAAUACAAGCAGGCGAUAAAGCGAACCCUGAUACGCUACUUACCAGGCCCCCGCCCGCCAGACGGGAUGUAUUCAAAACUAGUAAAUUCGAAAUCCGAGGAAAAGGCGAGGGCUUAGCGCCUGGCAAGACCUGGCAAGAGGGAGUCAAAGAUCGAGUAGGCAAGGCCCUCAAGAAGUCGUCAUGCGGCGAUGAGACUAAAAGCGGCUAUCUAUACGCAUACAAAGUCCAAGGGAACGAUGAGUUUGUAAAGAUUGGUUAUACUACACGGUCAACAACAGUACGACACGGGGAAUGGGAGGAAGCAUGCUACAGGAGACCAGAAAGCGUUUAUGAAGGCGCUCUCGUGCCGAAUGCACUUCGCCUUGAAAGGCUGAUACAUGCAGAGCUUGUAAACGAAAAGGUCCGCAUAUAUUGCGAGGCGUGUCAAAAGCAGCAUUUGGAAUGGUUUGAAAUUUCCAACGAGAAGGCUAUUGGCGUGAUUCGCAAAUGGGAGCUGUGGAUGAGAGGGAAUCCGUAUGAAAACAUUGGCACCGAGACAAGGCCGAACUGGACUUUGAAAUCAGAAGAGAUGCGGCGUCUGGCAGAUGUUGAAGAUUUUUUGGAUGAUCUAGACAUUGCAUCCAUGUAAUUGAUAUCUGUAUUUAAUUAUGAUAUAUUGAUUACUGUUAGCCCAAGUUAAGCCUAUAUAUACAGUUAAACACAUAGCAACACCUUCCUUUGGGUAUAGUUAAAUUCAACAAGGACUGAAACAGAC